UCUUCGGUUUUCUGAAAAGUAGUGGUAUGUCAGGUACCUCAUACUGUCUGUCUGUCACGAAUUUAUUUGGAGACGCGUCGCCAAUGUGGUCUUAACAAGGGCUAGAUUUGUAUCACAAGUAGACACCUGUUAGUCCGCACCAGCUGUCGGAAUGAUCACUCUCUUAAUAGGAAUUGUAUACGUUUAUGCGUUCGGGAAAGGGCAGGUCGCUCUCGCGAACGUUACAAAGGGCAACCGCUUUGUGUGCACUGCUGUGCCCGCGGGGGCUGAUCUCAGCUGCCCCGUGUCCGCAACCAACCGAGUGCAGAGCGCAAGUGCUCAGGAAGAGGAACUGAGGAAUACCAUUGUCCAACUACGGGAAACCAUUUUGCAGCAGAAAGAGACUAUCGUCAGCCAACAGGGAACCAUUAAAGAGCUCAACGCCAAACUUUCACGAUGUGAGGCUCAGGCUCAAGAUUCCCCGCGAGAGGGCAAAGGAAGGGGGCAAGGGUCGAGACGCAAGGACUUCAAUAAGAACACUAUGGGGGACCUUCCGCGGGAUCCGACUGAGACAAUAGAGCAACUUGGGAAGACCAUGCAAACGCUGAAGGAUCGCCUUCAGAACUUGGAGCAACAGCAGCAACUGCGCGUCAACGCCUCAGGUGCAACCUUUCCAAAUGAGCUGCGCGACCUUCUCAGGCGCCGGCUGAGCGAUUUAGAGAACCAGCUGCUGACUAAAGUGGCCGAGCUGGAGGAGGAGAAGGCGCAGCUGUACAACGAGACGGCUGCCCACAGGCAGCGCACCGAGAGCACGCUCAACUCCUUAUUGGAAAGGAUCGCAGAGCUGGAGAGAAGUAACAGCGCUUUCAAGUCUCCGGAGGACUUCAAAGUGUCUCUGCCCCUGCGCACCAACUACCUGUACGGCCGGAUCAAGAAGAGCCUGCCGGAGAUGUACGCCUUCACCGUCUGCAUGUGGCUCAAGUCCAGCGCCCGGCCGGGCAUCGGCACCCCCUUCUCCUACGGGGUCCCCGGCCAGGCCAACGAGAUCGUCCUCAUCGAGUGGGGCAACAAUCCCAUCGAGCUGCUCGUCAACGACAAGGUGGCUCAGCUUCCCCUCUCCAUCAGCGACGGGAGGUGGCACCAUAUUUGCAUCACCUGGACGACCAGAGACGGCUUCUGGGAGGCCUACCAGGACGGCGAGCGGCUGGGCGCCGGAGAUAACCUGGCCCCCUGGCACCCAAUUAAGCCUGGCGGAGUGAUCAUCCUGGGCCAGGAGCAGGACAUUGUAGGAGGAAGAUUUGACGCAACUCAGGCCUUUGUGGGAGAGCUGAGCCACUUCAACAUGUGGGAUCGCGUCCUGCGGCCAGUGGACAUCUCCGGCAUGGCCAACUGCUCCUCCUACAUGCCUGGCAACGUGGUGCCCUGGGUGGACGCUAACGUGGAGGUGUUUGGCGGCGCCACCAAGGCCGCCCUGGAGAUAUGCGAGGAUCGCCUGUUUGAUUCUUAAAGGGGGGCAAGUCUGCACUUUUUUUUUUAUUUUUUGUCGUUGUGGUUUUCGUUUGUUCAUUUUGAGGUCUGUCGUGGUGAGUUCACCUUCUUCUCUGUGCUGCUUUUCACACUUUUUUUGUGAGAAAAGGGUGACUCGCGCUCCAGAGUAUUCACUGUGUUCUUUCUGAAAACAUGAAACAAGGCAACUUUCACUGGUCUUCUUCUUGUCUUUUGUCCUUUUGUCUGUGUUAGCAGAUGUGAUGAAUGGCAAUCUAAAGCUGCUCAUUUUGAAGUUAAACUUUCUCUUCUGUCACCAGUUGGUUAGAUAUGCUUCUUCUGUGGCUCACGGUAAAUGAAAAAAAAGCAAAUGUUAGAAAGCUGUUUACAAUUGUGCAAUUUAUUUUUGUAUAUGCUUACACUUUAAUAUAUAUAUAUAUAUACUU